UACGCAUAAUGUAUUAUUGUGCUCGUUUCGCCUUCGGCCACAUUUGGCAACAUAAAGAUUAGAUAAAUAUCAGCACGUAGAAAUUCGGCUAAAAUAAAUCAAAGUCAUAUAUCCAAUUAGAAAGCCUAUGGAAAUAUAACAAGAGGGCAAUACGGUCUUUUGCAUUUUAAUAAGUCUUACAACCUCGCUUUAAUCAUAAAUGUAUGAAUAUAAUAUUUAGAAUUUGCUUACGAACUAUACAUAUAUAUAUAUAUAUAUAUAUAAUGCACAGUAUCUAAAUAUUGUCGGAUAGCGUAUACCAUAUACGGCAAAACAUGAUAACGAAAUAAAACGGACACGACUCUCCGAUUAACCAGGCGUGGGAAUGUAAACAGCAUCCUGUGAAAUCCACGGAGUUAUCGAUAGACUAGGGGGGAAGUAGAAGAGCAGGAGGCCCUAUAAAACCAGACCCGAAACGGCCUGUAGAUUAGACGUGUAGCACCAUAGUACAGGCGAGCACCUUCACGCACGGCAACAUAAUAAAUUCUCAAAUUGUACUUAGAACAAUUUUCAAUAAAAAACCUAAAUAACUUACAUCAGUCUUAUUAUUCAACUCUACCUGAAGAACUCCUCAUCCAUCAGUCUUGCUACCUGCAACUUUAUGAGCUAGGCAGUUAACUCAACUCCUAGUCCAUAACACUGGCGCAGUCGAGUACGGAACUUCCAAGGAAUUGAGGCGAGUCGAGCAGUCAAAGCAGCAGAAAUCAGCGGAGGAAGUGCAGCAGCGACGCAGAGCUCGAUUCAAAUCAACGACACGGAGGCAACUUUUCAAGUCACAGUCGAGGACCGAUCACCCUUGACGACUCCGGGAAGCGACGAACAAUUCAAGACAGGCAAGCAGACAAAAUAAGGAAAAAAUAUGAACAGAGCAGUAGGUGCAGGAGUAAUGUGAGUUAAUAAUAGUUAUAAAAAUAAUUAGAAUUGUAGCUUGGGUACACGUCUCACGUUGGUUUUUUUUUAAGAAGCCAGCGGUAAAAAUUUUUUAGUUUAGAUAUUGGUGAAGGUGCGUAUAAUAAGAAAUCUUAUUAUAUAUUAAAGGAAAAAAAAAAAUAUAAGUUGUUGAAAAAGAAAUAUAUAUAAUUGUAGUAAAAUAGACAGCGGUAGACUGAUCUAUGUUGAAAUAAGUUGUUGUAUUAUUAAAGGGAAAAAAUAUAAGUGUUGAAAAAGAAAUAUAUAUAUAUAAUUGUGGUAAAAUAGACAGCGGUAGACUGAUCUGUGUUGAAAUAAAUGGUUGAAUUAAAUAGGAAUCAACAAAUGAAAUAGUAAGGGAAUACUAUAGUUAAUUGAAAAAGUAAUAGAGGAAAUAUAGAAUUUGAUAGAAAAAAAUAUUGGGAAAAAUAUAUAUAUGAAUGCACGCGUAGCAAUUGAAUAAAUGAUAAAAGUUGAUGAAUAAUUAGAGGAAAAAAAAAAAAAGGGAUUAUUGAAAUAAAAUUUUGAAGUGAAUUAAUUGAUAGUCAAUUGUUGAAUAAAUGAAGAUUUUUGAGAAAUAUAGGUACCUAUGGAAUAAUUAAAUGAUGUUUUGUGAAUAAUAUAGAAGAAUACUGAAGUUGAAAUAUUGAAAUAUAAAGAGUAUAUAAAGAGUUUUUGUUUUUGAAGUAUAAAGAAAUUUUUUUUGAAUAACUGAAAUAAAGUUAAUUUUGUGUCUAAAAGACAAGUGUAUUGAAUUGAAGUAUUAAUGUUGAAAAAUUAUAGACAAAGAGAAUUAGAUUGAAAGAAAUCAAUUGGGAAAAAUAUUACAAGUGGAAGUAAUAGGAAGGCUAGCAUAGAAUAAGUGUAGUAAUAGAAUAUAAUAGUAAUAUUCGAUAGUUAAAUUGGUAAAAAAAUAAUAGAGUAAUUAGAUUUUAAUUGUAAGAAUUAAUAAGAAAUUAGGUAGUGGAUAUAAAAUAUUUAUUAAAUUGGAGUAGCUAACCAAUGUUAAUGGUAUUUUAAUAUCCAAAGCUUGUUAUAUAUCGUAGGGAGAGCGAUAGAAAUUACGCAACGACAGAGUUACGUAAAAAUACGAGUGUUUUGUGUGUGUGAGUGUGUGUAUACACUACACAAUACGACGCGGUGUACGUAAAUACAAGCGUACGGGUAUGAAAUAUAGAAUAAAUAAUGAGAAUAAAUGUCGAGUUAAAUAAAUUAAAUAUUCUUAAAUGAUAUUAGUGAUUAUUGAAUAUAUAUGAAUAAAGAAUCAGGAAAUUCAGAUAUUGAGAGUAGUUCUUCGGAUGAAUCGAUAGAACAAGUUAAAAAUAAAAAAUUAGGAAAAGAAGUAGUAAGGAAAAAUAGGAUAAUAAAAGAGGAAUUUUUAAUAGACACUACAGAAAUAAUAGAAGGAAUAGACAACGUUACUAGAAAAAAUUAUUUUAGGACUUUAAGUCAAACAGAAGAGUUAGGUAAAGUACUUACCCCUCAGAAAAGUGUAAAACAAAAAUUGUCGGGUAGAUCAGGUUCUAGAUCUGAUCCCGGUGUAAAACACGUUCAAUUACAGCAAAUAACUAGGAAAAAAGUAGCGAACGUAAAACAUAAGAUGGAUUUAGAUAAAGCAGUUUCUAUGAUUCCGAUUUGCACGGGUAAAAAGGACGUAGCAGAAUUUAUAAAUACAUGUGAGAUAGCACUCAACGAUAUUGCAGAGAUAGAUAAACAACUAUUGUUAAAAAUUAUAACUUCUAAGUUAGCGGGAAAUGCUUUAGAGGUAACCAAGUAUCGUACGUUAGAUUCUUGGGAAGCAAUAAAAUCAAUUUUACAAGGGGCAUUUGAGCAUAAAAUUUCGGAAAGGGCUUUAUCAAUAGGUUUAAAUACGGCACGUAUGGCAGAAGGUGAAAGUGUAGCGAAAUUCGCGAAUAGAAUCGAAGAAUUAUAUUACAAAUUAUGUGCAGCUAGUACCGUAGGGUUGAACAAAGCUGAGGAAACUGUAGUGAAAAGCCAAACGAAAAAACAGGCUAUGAUUAUAUUUAUGACGGGUUUACCAAAUCACUUAUAUAUAGUACUGAAAGCAAGAAGUCCUAAGUCUUUAGAGGAGUGUAUACAAAUGGCUCUUGACGAAGAAAUCGAAUAUAAUUCUAGGAUGAGUAUAGAAAAUUUACAGAAUAAUGCGGAAAGUCAAAGUUUUAGUAAAAACGAAAAUCAGGGUGUAAAUGGGAAUACAAAACAACAGAAUAAUAAUGGUAAAAUUAAUACAUUUUACCGCGGUAAUAAUGGUCAUAUGAAUCAAAACGGUAGAAAUAAUAAUUUUAAUAAUCGAAAUGGUUAUAAUGACGGAUAUAAUAAAUUCAAUAAAAAUGUUAAUCGCGGAGGAUACAGUAAUUUUAAUAAUAAUAAUCGUAACGGAUACAGUAAUUUUGAUAGUAAUAAUCGUAACGGAUACAGUAAUCGUACAGGAUACAGUAAUUCCAAUAAUCGCGGCGGAUAUAGUAACAAUUAUAGACAAAAUUAUAACGAAAAUAAUAAUCAGCGAAAUAAUUUUGGUAAUCAGAAUAGAAGUAACACUGGAUGUUACACGUGUGGGAAAACAAACCAUAUCGCAAGAGAGUGCUGGCAAACGAACGGUCGACCAGGCGGAAACGACCGAGCAAAUACACAUAACACCAGUCGUGAUAAUGGUGCGCGUAAUUCUGGAGGUGGUAAUAGUAGUAGAAACAAUACGGGUGUUCAGAAUUUGCAUUGUAGUUAUUGUAAUAAAAUAGGACAUGAAAUUUCGAAUUGUUUUACAAAACAGAAAAACGAGAAAAAUAAUUCAAAAAAUUCCAAAGGGCAAGUUCCAGUGGGCGUCAGGCUUGUCCAAGAGAUAAUGGAAUCGCCACAAAACGAUGUUUUCACAUCACAACUAAAUUAAUAGAAAAUCAUAUCACUUUAAAAUCACCUAGUUUUAAUAAAGAACAAAUUAAAUUAUUAGUAGACACGGGGGCUGAAUUAAAUAUCAUUAAAAUUAAUGCACUAAAAGGGGAUACAGAAAUUAACGAAAAAGACAAGAUUUAUUUAAAGGGUAU